AAUCAAACAUGGGAAAGAAAGAGAAAAGGAAAAAUAAGAAUCGAACUUCUCAUCCAAGCUGUAGCACAAGCACAACUCCUGAGGAUACAACCAAUUUGAUACCUGAAGGUGAAACGCCUGAUCUAAUCAGCUGUUUGCCGGAUGAAAUUCUUUGCUUCAUCACUUCCUUGCUCCAUUUCAAAUCUGCUGUUAAAACCAGUUUACUUUCGUCCCGAUGGAAAGACCUCUGGAAGAUGGGUUUGGUAGGAGAAGGAACAAUAGCUGAUGCUAUUGUUGCUGUUUCUAAAUUUCUGAAUGAUUUUGAUAGGCUACAUCGAAAAAGGAAUAUCCGAGGCCUUCAAUUAAGCUUUGACAAAACCAAUAUCCUCUUAGCUUCUGUUUCACCUGAUAAUAAUAAGCUUCAUCUUGAUUUCUCAACUGGCAAACAAGAAUUUCCUAGGCAAUUUGGAUGGCAGUUGGACCUGAAUGGCCUAAACGCUACUCGCCAACCAUCUCCCUCUAAUUUCUUUGUCAAAACUCUUUAUCUGCUCUCAGUAAAUCACCACACCAGUGAGGCAGUGUCGUAUCUAGUUUCAGAUUUUCCUUUUCUUGAAAGUUUAACCAUUGCAAAAUGCAAAGGCUUACGAUCUUUAUGCAUUGAUGCUAGUUCAAGGCUUCGAAACUUGGCUGUCUUUGAUUGUCCACAAUUAAAGUCUUUUUACAUUUGUGAAGCUUCCAAGCUUAAAUCUUUUCGGUAUCGAGGACUACUCCCUUGGUUUCAUUUCGAUCUUAAUUUGGACUUGGUAGAUGCCAUGCUUGAUUUCAGAAAAGGUCCUGGAUAUAGCUUCAAGAGUGGUUUCUUUAACUCAAUCCUACAUGGCAUAGAAUGUGUUGAAACUCUUACAAUAUGUAGAUGGACCUUUGAGAAAUUGAUUCAUCCAUUAAUCGUAUCAACAACGGGUUACCUUGAUUUCUAUAUCUUUGAAUUUGAAGACUUGAAAGAGUUAUGGUGGAUUGAUUACGAGGAGGACGAAAGAUUCAACAGUGAUGUCUUGAUCUCUGUCCUGAAACUUUGUCCUGUUUUACAGACACUCUCUGUAACUAUUGAUUCUAAAAGUGAUAAUGUGCCAAGCACAGCUAAAAUCUCAACUAAAGCCAUUGGACAUGAAAAACUGGAACAUCUCAAGGCUGUUAAAUUGGAGGGGUUCACUAAUCAAGAACACGAGAUCUCACUGGCAAAGAAGUUGAAAGAGGAAUUCUCUGUGGAGCCAAAAGUUGUAGCAAAAUCACAGGGUGAGAACUGCUGGCGAAGUUUAACCAAAGUAUUCGACUUGCAGGAAAAUAGUUUUUCUUACGAGUUUGCGGAAAAAAGGAGUCACAUUAAUUGGUUAUGCCCAAUGCAUCCCCAUAUGAGUUUAUAGCUAUGAAACUUGAUGAAUCUCAGUUUUGUAAGUUCGAUAUAAAAAAUUUGUCACAAAACUCAAAUAAUCUCAGUUUCGUAAUUUAUGCUUGAACAGAAGGGUUUGAUUUAUGAAAAGUUAAAAAGAGUUUGUUUAUGUGGGCAAGUCAAUUGGGAAUU